AUGGAGUUUCUGCCUCCGUUCGAGCGGGUCGUGCAGCCCGAGGAGCUGUGGCUCUAUAAGAACCCCUACGUAGAAGUGGAUCACGUGCCCACCGUGCCCAUGUUUCUCAUCUCCUUCCUGGCCCCCUUGCUGCCCAUGGGCCUGGCGCGCUUGUUCCUGCGCGCGGAGCGGGAGGACACGCGGGAAGGCUGCCUAGCCGCCAGCCUCGCGCUCGCGCUCACCGGGGUGGUCACCAACGCUCUCAAGCUGGUCGUGGGCAGGCCGCGGCCGGACUUCUUUUACCGUUGCUUCCCAGACGGACGAGCCAACGCGGAGCUGCUGUGCACGGGGGACCCUGCCGUGGUGGCCGAGGGACGCAAGAGCUUCCCCAGCGGCCACGCUUCGUUCGCCUUUGCUGGUCUCUCCUUCUGCUCCUUCUACGUGGCCGGGAAGCUGCGCUGCUUCGUGCCCGGCCGCGGCGGCCGCUCGCUGCGGCUCUGCGCCUUCCUGCUGCCCCUGCUCUCCGCCACCCUCAUCGCGCUGUCCCGCACCUGCGACUACAAGCACCACUGGCAAGAUGUGCUGGUUGGCUCCGUGCUCGGCUUCGUGCUCGCCUACCUCUGCUACAGGCAGUACUACCCGCCGCUGACGGACUCCAUGUGCCACAAGCCGCUCCUGUGCAAGCCCAAGCAACCGCCGGGGCACCAAGAACAGGCGGCGACUUCCAGCUUUGACCUGGACGUAUAA